AUGAAUAGCAUUUGUACAAAACAUAAUUUAGCAAUUGAAUUCAUUUGUUUGCAUAUAUCUAAAUCUUAAAGAGAUAAAAAAUGCACAAACAGACUUUUAUGUAAGGUUUGUAAUGAGCCAUAGAACCAUGAUAAAAAUCACUUAUUGAGUACUUUUGAAAUAAAAAAAUUUUUGAUUGAAGACAUGAGUGAUGUAUUUUUUUUGCUAUUUUUUACACGCCCACAAAUACAAACUCUGUUUAAACCACUAAAAAUAAACUGCUAAAAUAUUAUUUUGAAACUCAAAGAGAUGGUAUAAAAGCUAAAAAUACCUAGUUCAAAUCAAGCAUCACAGAUUGAAGAGUAGCAAGUAUAAUUUUAAGAGUAUUUCUAAACUGCUACAUCUAAAAUAUAAAAUUUUACUUUAAAAAUAAAUUCAAUAAUUGAGGAUAUCCAUUUAUACUAUAGAUAGCACUUUGAGUGGGAUAAUUUGAUCAAAAUUAUUGAGUUAUAUUAUGAAAAAAGAUAGGUGAGCUAAGAGCAAUUAAAUCAGAUUAUUAAUAAUUCUCUGUAAAAUAUUCACUGCACCUAGAUAUUUAUGAAGAAUGUCUAUGUUAUUGAUGACAAUUUUAAUUAAAAUCAAAGCAAACAAACUUAGAUGGAGUAAUAUACAACUGCUGAUAUAAUAUCUUUUUAUAAGUUUGCAAUAAAAGAGCUAUACCUAAAUCUUAAUCACCUAAGAUCUCUGUUUUUAAUUUGCUAACCUUCAUAGCUUUAAGCUCUUGAAGAUUAAAAAAGAUUAAGUCUUACUACAAACUUUCCUUUAAAUAUAAAAAGAUUUUUACCUACAGUAUCUAUGGCGAAAUCUAUAGGAAUCAAGCUUAUAAAAAACAAACUUUUAAUUAUUAAAGAGUUUUAAUGUUAAAUUAUCAAUAUAGAUGCUUCUACUCAAGAAUUUAAAAUUCAAAAUACCAUAUAUAGCAAAAUAAAAAUAAAGGAUGCAUCUAUUAGUUAAUUAAAUGACAGCUUGAUAACUCUUUUAUGUGUAGAUAAUACAGCCAAAAUAUACUAUAUAAAACCUUUUCAUUCUGUUUUUGAUAAUGAAUAUGCUCACGAUAUUGAAUUAAGUUAAAACACAGAAAUUUUUUUAGAUAUAGAUUACAUAAAAGCUUAAUCAAUAAAUAAUAUAGAAUCAGAUCCCAUUAGUAAUCAAAUAGAAUCAGAAGAAUAAUUAGAAUAUGUUGCUUUAAAGACGAAAGAUACAAUUUAUUUGUUAGAACCUGUAGAAUGGAAUCAAAUCUACUAAUUCUAAAAUAAGCAAGAAUUUUUCAUGUUAGAGUGCUGCAACGAAUAAGAUAUUUCAGAUGAAAACAGUCAUGAAUAAAUGGCUAUAGAAAAUGUAAAAAAAAGUAUAUUUUGUUUUUAUAACAACUAAUAGAUAGAUCAUAUUCAUUAUACUAAUGCAAAUAUUUUUGAGUCAAACUAAAUUAAAGAUUUUGCUUAUUCCGAAUUCUUUCAGAAAAGCGUUUAUCUGACUGAAAGGCAAAUGAUCAUUUCCAAUUAACAAACAAGUUAAAUUACAGAAUUACCAUUCAGAAAUAAGUAGUAGGUAUCUCUAGUUCAGUUCACAAUAGAUAAUCUCUACCUCUUUAUCCUUUAUGAGAAUUCUUUCAUUUAAUUUUUUUACGUGCUUGACAAUUUUGAGUUGGAAUAUGAAACACACCUAUGGAAAAAUAAUUAUUAUAUCAAAAAAGCAGUUUUCUAUUAAAAGAUAAAUCAGUUGUUUGUAUUGAACUCUCAGGGAGAUAUUUUUUAAAUAGAUUUAUCUACCCCUAAAUGCCUUCAUUGA